AUGACUGUUCACCUUUUCUCUGAACAUUCUACAAGACAUAGAUCGCUCGUUAAGGCCUCGCCGCCCUGCUCUACACCAGAGGCCUCGCCGCCCUGCUCUACACCAGAGGCCUCGCCGCCCUGCUCUACACCAGAGGCCUCGCCGCCCUGCUCUACACCAGAGGCCUCGCCGCCCUGCUCUACACCAGAGGCCUCGCCGCCCUGCUCUACACCAGAGGCCUCGCCGCCCUGCUCUACACCAGAGGCCUCGCCGCCCUGCUCUACACCAGAGGCCUCGCCGCCCUGCUCUACACCAGAGGCCUCGCCGCCCUGCUCUACACCAGAGGCCUCGCCGCCCUGCUCUACACCAGAGGCCUCGCCGCCCUGCUCUACACCAGAGCCCUCGCCGCCCUGCUCUACACCAGAGCCCUCGCCGCCCUGCUCUACACCAGAGCCCUCGCCGCCCUGCUCUACACCAGAGCCCUCGCCGCCUUGCUCUACACCAGAGGCCUCGCCGCCUUGCUCUACACCAGAGGCCUCGCCGCCCUGCUCUACACCAGAGGCCUCGCCGCCCUGCUCUACACCAGAGGCCUCGCCGCCCUGCUCUACACCAGAGGCCUCGCCGCCCUGCUCUACACCAGAGGCCUCGCCGCCCUGCUCUACACCAGAGGCCUCGCCGCCCUGCUCUACACCAGAGCCCUCGCCGCCCUGCUCUACACCAGAGCCCUCGCCGCCCUGCUCUACACCAGAGCCCUCGCCGCCCUGCUCUACACCAGAGCCCUCGCCGCCUUGCUCUACACCAGAGGCCUCGCCGCCUUGCUCUACACCAGAGGCCUCGCCGCCUUGCUCUACACCAGAGGCCUCGCCGCCUUGCUCUACACCAGAGGCCUCGCCGCCCUGCUCUACACCUAUAUUAACCCCAAUCUCGUGCAGAAACAAAAUGCUAUUCAAACUGCCGCUGGAAGAAAAGCAGUUGCCUCCCAAGACUGGUUUAGGAGGAGAGCAGAAAGCUGUUAAAACUGUCUUAAGUGGGUCUGAGCGGGAAAUUCGUAGGUAUUUUGGGUUAAUGUUCUGGGAAUAG